AUGGCAAAGCGAUCGGCGUCCACCGCUUUCGAUACCGAGGCAUCAACUCCAAAUACAAAGGAGGGAAAGAAACAUUCGUUAGAUUCCGAUGAAGAAGACAGUGGAGCGGAAGAAGAAAAGAAAAAUGUUCUCAAUGCUGAUGAUAUUGAAGGCGAAGAAGAAGGAGUUGCAGGAAUGGAAGGUGAAAUAACUAUAACCCCAUUCAACAUGAAAGAGGAACUUGAAGAAGGUCAUUUUGAUACACAAGGUCAUUAUCAUUGGAAGAAAGAAAAAGAAAUUCAUGAUGGGUGGCUUGACAAUAUUGAUUGGGUUAAAGUAAAAGGUCGGCCUGAAGAUAAGUAUAAAAUUCACAAAGACAAUGAUAAAGACUUUCUUGAUGAUUCAGAAAGUGAAGAAGAUGAGAUCGAGGAAAAAUUUAAUAUCAUUGAUAAUUAUAAAGAAAUUGUAGACCACAUGCAGCCAAAAGAAACAAUUUCUAAAGCAAUACAACGACUUGGUGCAAGUUCAAAAAUCUCAAGUGCAGAGCGCUGGAAAAGGAAGAAAGCAGGUAUUAUUGAUGAAGGUAGCAAAACAGUGACUAGGAUAACUGAGCUGGCUAAUCAAAUUUUAACUAAAACUGAUAUGUAUGCUGACGACUUUGAUCAGAAAGAAAAAGACAGUAUUGGUAACAAGACCACAUCUGAUAAAAAUGAAGAUGAUGAUGGGCCAGAAGAAGUCAAAUGGGAGUUCAAGUGGAAUCAAAAUGAUGAUUCUGAAAUGUCAGGGCCACAUUCAACUGAACAAAUGAGUAAAUCCCCACCCCCCUUAUCAAAAGAACGGAUCCCUCUCGGAGACGGGGCAUCCGACGCGUCCAUGCGCCUCGUCACGGCCCUCCUAAACGAAAUGGUGCUCCCAUACCAGAAACGGGGCCUCAGGGGUCAUGAAAUAAAAUUGGCCAGUAAAACCCCC